AGAGGAUUUCGCGAUAGCCUGGAAAGUUCACUGCCCAACCAGGUCCUCUGCUCUGCAGUCGAGGUUUCAGGUUUCAAUCCUCGUAGGACUACGAGACGUUACAGCGUGAACGGUGCAGCUGCCGCCUCCGCCUCCGCGCCUCCACCAAGGCAACAAGCAAAAGACAAUUUCAGACGCGCUGCCGUGCACUCGGCCUGCCCUAGACAGAGGUUGGGCGCUGCCACCGAGGCUGCAUCUAGGCUGCGGUUGCUGGGCGCGCUAGGAGGCGGCGAUCACAGCUGGGCCGGGACUUCCUUCCUCCACCGCAGGACAACAAAACAGCCCGGCGGCAGGCACUGCGCUCUUGGCAGCUGUCUGGGUGAGAGGGUCAGCGAUGGGCUCGGUGUUAAGCAGCGAUAAUGGCAAAUCUUCACCCGCCUCGGCCACCCCGCGGGCCCUGGAACGCAAGAGGGUCCCCGAGCUGCCCGUCACGUCCUUCGACUGCUCCGUGUGCCUUGAGGUGUUGCACCAGCCUGUCCGAACCCGCUGUGGCCACGUAUUCUGCCGUUCCUGUAUAGCUACCAGUCUAAAGAACAAUAAGUGGACCUGUCCUUAUUGCCGAGCGUAUCUUCCAUCAGAAGGAGUUCCAGCAACGGAUGUAGCCAAAAGAAUGAAAUCAGAAUACCAGAAGUGCACUGAGUGUGACACACCGGUUUGCCUCAGCGAAAUGAGGGCACACAUAAGAACUUGUCAGAAGUACAUAGAUAAGUAUGGACCACUACAAGAACUUGGGGAGACAGCAACAAGGUGUGUAUGUCCAUUUUGUCAGAGGGAACUGGAUGAAGACAACUUGCUGGAUCAUUGUGUUACUCAUCACAGAUCAGAAAGGAGACUUGUGUUCUGUCCACUUUGCCGUUUAAUACCUAAUGAGAACCCGAACAGUUUCAAUGGCAGUUUAAUAAGACAUUUGCAAGUUAAUCACACUCUAUUUUAUGAUGAUUUCAUAGAUUUUAAUAUAAUUGAGGAAGCUCUUAUCCGAAGGGUCUUAGACCGCUCACUUCUGGAAUAUGUGAAUCACUCAAACACCACAUAAUGUUAUUAUUAAAAGGAAAAGGGAAGCCUAGACCGUACAAUUGCACCAUUUGUUAAUAUGCUGCUUGAACAGUUGGAGGAAAAUUGUCAAUGUUUGAUGGGCAAAAAUGUACAAUACAGUUAUAUGUUUGUCCAUGUGUCUGUUGUUGUACUGCAUUUUAAAAUUGCUUUCAUUUUGAUGGUUUAAAUCUGUUUUAUGUUCUUGAGUUUCUUAGACACUUAAAAAAUAGUCUCCAUCAGCCAUUGAUACAUGAAAGAGGACAUAAGGCUGGGUAUAUGGGUGAAGGAUCUUUAUUUGCAAAUUGGAUGAAACUGUGUAAUGCUACAUAUUCAUAACUACCAUCAUGGUUGGGCAAAAUGACUAAUCUUUGUUCUAUGUAAAAAGAUGGGAAGUGAAACAAUUGUGGACAUUCAAGGAAAUAUUAAAUCUGUUUCAAUGUUCAUGUUCUACUCUCUAAUAGAAUAACAUGAAUAACCUUGUAUGGGAGUAGGAAAGAAAAAUUUUGGAAGUAAACAAAGUCCAUUUAACCAAAUUAUAUAACAUAAUACUGUAACAAAAUAAAUUUUGUUGGGAAUUAUACUUCUUUUACUUUUUAUAACUGUACACAUGAAAUUUUAAUAUUAUAUUUUUCAAAUAUUUGUAGCUUAUUUAGAAAUAUUUCUAUAACAUAGGCAAUUUCUUAAGAAACAUCAGUUGAUAUUUACAUUAGAAGUAUUCACGUCCAUAAUUUUUAGGGGAAAACUGUAAGGGCUUUGGUGUUAUUUUUAUUUUUUCCUUUAGAAAAAUUAUAAAAUAAAACAUAAAUGCUGAAAACCAAACAGCAAAUGUAUAGCUCAUUGCAUUAUAGGGAAACGUUCUUUUAGAAUUCUGCCAGCAACCCUGGAUGUCCUCUGUAUAUCCUCUCAGUUCACAACCCUCUUCCCUAACCCCACAAAGUAACCACUACAUUGAUUUCAAUAGUAAUCACUUCCUUCCAUGUCUUCGUUAUGUUAUUACCCAAGUGGGUAUCUCUACACCCUAAUUUUAAUCUUACCCCAUUAAAAUUGUUUUUAUUAGGUACACCUUUUACAUCCUUUUUUAAUCUACAUCUUCCCAUUCUUUCUUUUCCUUAAAAUUUACCUGUUGAAGAACCUGGUCUUAUGACUUACAGAGUUUCCCACAAUCUGUAUUUUACUGAUUGCAAACUCAUGGUGCAAUUCAGUAUGUUCCUCUGUCCUCUCGAUAUGCAUACAUGGAUCCUGGAUCCUGAGAGGUUUGAGCAGACUCAGGUACAGCCCUUUUGGCAAGACUAUAGGUCAUGGUGUGUUCUUUCAUCAGAGGGCACAUAAUAUCUGGUUCUCUCUUUUUGUGAGGUCAGCUGAAAUUGAUACUCGUUGCUUAGAUCCUCUGAUUUAUUGUGGGUUGGAGAAUAUUCUAAUUCUGUCAUUUCUUUUUCAUUUAUUACUUGGGAUGUUUUCAUAAAGACAUGUUUCCCCACAUCUGUGAUUUGGUUAACCAGUGGUAAUGUUCAUAUGGGAAAGGGAAAACAAAUAUUUGAAUUUUUCCCUUUAUUUACCAAUUUUCAAGAUAAUAAACUUGUUUCCAGUGAUCACUUUUAAGUAUCGUGAACUCAUGGAUUCAAACAUAUUUGAUAGGCAUUAAUCCAUUUUAAAUAUCAAAACUCAAAUUGCCCCAUCUUUGUCCAUUGGAUACCUCGUCAAGUUAUUUCUGAGUCCUUUUGACACUACUCUAGCAAUCUUUAAUAGCUCCCUUGCUGUCUCAUAUGACAAAAUAUUCCAGGCUCAAUGUGUUUGUUUCCUGCCCCAAACUUGGAAUCAGCCUUUUUGCUAAGAAGCCUCGUUACUUUCAGUGAGAAAUAGAAUUUCAAAACCAUAAUCAUGGUGGUAUGUUCAUUUCUACUAGAUUUGUCUUUUUUUCUAGGAGAGAGCUGGGUUAUCUUUGUGGUUUUUUUUUUAAGAUAAAACACUUUAUGAGUUUAUUUUGAUACUUUUAAAUCAAAUUGAGUAUUACAGGGUUUCUACCUAAUCCUUUCUAUUUCAGCAGUUAUGUCCAUUUUUCUAUACUAAGAAUCCUGUUUUUCAAAGACACAGGGCAUGAUAGAAUUA